AUGAGAGUUUUAAUCGUUCUUUCUGCCUUGACAGGCUUAAGUCAGGCUAUUGCGGUCGUUCCUCGACAGUCUAUCAGUCCAUCAGAAGUAAUCCUUACAUCCACUUCGGUCAGCACAGUCACAAACACCAUCAUCACUGCCUAUCCAGUCAUCACUACAGCAACAACUUGUAGCGUAGGAACCACAGUCCCUAUCGAAACCGGCUGUACCCCAGGUGCUGUAUUUUCCCUGCCAGGGGGCAAUUACUAUUCACAAGCAUGCUCCGCAUCUCUAUCUGGCGGGACUAUCAUCCGUGCCUACGUAGAGCCUAUUGGACAGGCGGCUAAGAGUAUAUGUGCAUCCUUCUGCAACGUCCUCAACAAUCUCAAAACAGCCGCUAGUUCAUGUAACGGAAUAGUUUACACAACUAUCGGUGCGCUUAACCAAUGUUUUUUAAAAAAUGGACCGGUCACGGCGGUAUCAGCUGGAACAAGCGUAUUCGCAGUUCAACAAUUCACAGAAAAUCCUUGUAUUGCUACGAUCACGGCUUCGACAACUGAUACUUCAUAUCAGACAAUUACUUCUACAUAUGAAAUCGUUUAUACUUCAACUGUGACUCCAUCGGCUGCUGCUACAUCUUCUAUCGUCACUUCAUCGGCUGUCGCGACUACUAGUUCAUCUGAAGUUCCAUCAGCUACCGCUACAAGCAGUUCAUCCGAAAUCUCAUCAGCUGCCGUCACAACUUCAGCUGCAACCACAAGCUCCUCAGACAUUCCAUCCACAGCUUCAAGUUCUUCCGCAUCUUCUAUUCCCAAUUUUAUUUCAAACUCGACUUCGACUUCAACCUCAACUUCAACUUCUUCUGUAUCUUCAACUCCUAUCCCGACUAUUAUUUCAAAUUCCACUAUAAUAUCAAAUUCGACUUCGACUUUGGUUUUAACUUCUUCUUCUUCUUCAACUCCAAUCUCAACUUUAACAUCAAAUUCGACUAGUUCCGCAGCUGCUGCUUCGCCGAGCGCUGAUGCUGAUGAUGAUGAAUGUUAUUAUGAUGAUGAGGAGGAGGAGGAGGGUGAUUCUCAAAAAGAGGUAGAAAUUGAGUAA